AUGAACAAGGCUCAGACAAUUGCUAAACUAGUUGGGGCAGUGGCCGGCGAUGCAGACGACACAUUGCGAGAUGGUCUUUUGGACGAAAUGAAGCCGUCAAUAAAUCUGGCCAAGGUCUUUGAAGAUAUCGAGCGUCAGCACCUAUUGCCGCCCAGUUCUUUCCCCGAACAAUGGCUGCCAAUACACCAAGUACACUGGGACAACCCGAUCUCAAUACCGAGGCUCGUGAAGCCUAGACUCUCUGAGCCGUCCACCUCAGUGUCCCUUGUACGAGCUGGCAUCGAAGGACGUGUGGUUGGGUAUACUGAGACUUCCACUGUCAAGAAGACAUCUGGACUAUCAUCUACCUCUCUAGAUCGAGCUCCAGCACCGAGCAAAAACUUUGUUCGAGGAAAGUCUGGCUAUGUGCCAUUCCUUCCUGGCGGCUUAGACGAUCUUCCCUUGGAAUCCCUCUCGAAUGCAUCCAUCGAUCCCUCGACACGAGGUUUGAGGACAGUCGCUCCCGGUGUCAGUCGCGGCCUCCGUCUACCAGGAGAAGAUAUCCCAGAUGACCUUCUCAAUCUAGAAGAUGAAGAAUCGACCAUUCCAGAGGACCAGGACCAGGAUCGUGGAGUAGAUGAUGUUGACGAAGUGGAAGAUGCCACAUUUUCUCAGACGAAUGAAAUCGACAGCCUUUUACCUGUAUCGAGCGCGCCGAGGAGAGCGAAGAAGGCACUUGCCCAAAAACGCGAUUGGGCUCAUAUCAUUAAUGUUAACACUCCGUUCAAUAACUUCCAUGAAUUGGUGCCCGAUAUGGCCCACAAGUACCCGUUCGAGUUGGAUACGUUCCAGAAGCACGCUGUGUAUCAUCUAGAGAAAGGAAACUCGGUUUUCGUUGCUGCACACACCUCCGCCGGUAAGACGGUCGUGGCUGAAUACGCUAUCGCAUUGUCAGAGAAACACAUGACGCGUGCCAUCUACACCUCUCCAAUCAAGGCACUAUCUAAUCAAAAGUUCCGGGAUUUCAAACAAACCUUCUCCGCUGCCACCGUAGGAAUCCUCACGGGAGAUGUCCAGAUAAAUCCUGAGGCCAGCUGCCUUAUCAUGACCACAGAAAUUCUGCGAAGUAUGCUUUACAAAGGCGCAGAUCUCAUCCGAGAUGUGGAAUUUGUCAUCUUUGAUGAAGUUCACUAUGUCAAUGAUGCAGAGGUGCGGUAUUACGUCCACUUUCGUUCGGAGCUGAUUUUGACGAAACCCCAGAGAGGUGUUGUUUGGGAAGAGGUUAUCAUUAUGCUUCCAGAGCAUGUCAAUAUUAUUUUGCUAUCGGCAACAGUGCCAAACGCCAAAGAAUUCGCGGAUUGGGUUGGACGAACGAAGAAGAAGGACAUUUAUGUGAUAUCGACACCCCAGCGCCCGGUACCUUUGGAGCAUUACCUUUACGCUGGCAGAGACAUGUUCAAGAUCGUAGACGCCAAGCGGAAUUUCUUGUCGCAAGGCUAUAAGGAUGCUGGUGAAUCCCUAAAGCGGAAGCAGGACAAGGAAAGACAAGCUGCGGGUCUCCCGCCCGUGCAGCGGGUUGGUGCGAAAGCAGCGACCUCAAAUGCUCAGAGAGGACGAGGUGGACCUCCUCGUGGGCGUGGCGGUAGUGUUUCAUCGGCCCCUCGGAUGAUGCAUACAGGCGCCGACAAGAAUUUAUAUGUGCACUUGGUUGGCCAUCUGAAGAAGAAACAGCUCCUGCCUGUGGUCGUUUUCACUCUUUCCAAAAAACGGUGUGAAGAGAAUGCGAGCACCUUGACCAACCAGGAUCUGUGCACGGGUGUAGAGAAGAGUGAGGUGCACGUCGCUAUAGAAAAGGCCUUGUCUAGACUGAAAGGUUCGGACAAAAAGCUUCCGCAAAUCACUCGAAUGAGGGAUCUCCUUUCUCGCGGAAUCGGAAUCCAUCAUGUCUUUCCGCGUUCCAUUCAUCGGAGGUUCCUGAAGGCAAUUUUGAAGCUGGUUGAAAUUCUGUUUGCACGCGGUCUGGUGAAAAUCCUAUUUGCUACGGAAACAUUCGCCAUGGGUGUCAACAUGCCCGCCAAAUGCGUCGUAUUUUCUAGCAUGCGGAAACAUGAUGGCAAGAGUUUCCGCGACAUCCUUCCUGGAGAAUAUACCCAAAUGGCGGGUCGCGCUGGUCGGCGUGGCCUUGAUCCCACUGGCACCGUUAUCAUUGUUUGUGGAGACAACUUGCCGGAGCAAACCGCCUUGCAGACAAUGAUCAUCGGCACUCCUGGAAAACUCUCCUCUCAAUUCAGAUUGACAUAUAACAUGAUUCUCAACUUGUUGCGUGUUGAAGCCUUGCGAGUGGAAGAGAUGAUCAAGCGAAGUUUCUCGGAGAAUGCAUCUCAGCGUCUAUUGCCAACGCAUGAGAAGCAGAUCAUAGAGGGAGAGCGAAAGCUUGCGUCUCUGCCUCCACUGCAGUGCGACGUGUGUACCACUGACAUAGACGAAUAUUACGACUAUUGCUUCGACGUAGUCAAGAAGAACCAGACCCUUCUGCUUCUUGGAAUGUCAAAGCCUCAGGGAGCAAAACUACUUACUUCAGGUCGUGUUGUUGUGGUCAGAGAUGGGCAUUUCGCCUCUGGUGCCCUAGCCAUCUUGCUGAAAGCCGCGCCCGUGCCAGCAUCAAGUGCGGGCUUGUUGGACAAUGUCAAGUCAUACUUCGUCCUCGCCCUUGUCGAUCCUGAGACCAAGGCCGGUCGGAAAGACGUCGAUCACCAGUCACUACCACCUACCUGGCCAAUCAAUCCGAUUGACCUCGAUGUCAGUGACGGUGUGUACGACCUCCGUGCUGUACCUGUCACAAGCAUUGUGCUCGUGACGGAUCGCACUGUGAAGGUCGACACAACAGCGAUCGUCGACACUCAUCUGAUUGCCAAGAUGCGAGAUGGAAUAGCGGCGUUGAAAGAGCUUCUCAAGGAGUGGGUACCGUCUGGGGUGGUACCAGAGGUUGACUGGAGUCGUCUGCGCGCUUUUGAGUUCCAGGAAACCUUGAACCUUCGGAAUUCUUCCGCCAAGCGUCUCGAGACCUUUGGGUGUAGACUUUGUGGGGACUUCGCCCAGCAUUUCGCUCUUACUCAUGAGCGCAAGGCAAUCGUCGCGGAGUUGGCGAAGCUGCGGAUGUUCAUGUCGGAGCAGAAUCUAGAGUUGAUCCCAGAUUAUGAACAACGAAUCGCGGUUCUCAAGGACCUGCGAUUUAUCGACGAGAACUCCACCGUCCUGUUAAAAGGUCGAGUUGCCUGCGAGAUAAACUCCGCCAGUGAAUUGGUGCUGACUGAGUUAAUUUUGGAAAACACUCUCGCCAAUUACGAACCAGAAGAGGUGGUGGCCCUGUUAUCGUGCUUUGUCUUUCAGGAGAAGACCGACAUCGAGCCAGUUAUUCCCCCUAAGCUGGAGGCAGGGCGUGAUGCUAUUAUGGCAAUCAGCGAUCGGGUGGAGAGAGUGCAGACGCUGCAUAAAGUCGCUGUCGAAGACUUCCGGUCCAGCCUGAAGUUCGGUUUGGUGGAAGUGGUCUAUGAGUGGGCCAAAGGCAUGCCUUUCGAGCAAAUUACUGCAUUGACUGACGUACCAGAGGGCACCAUUGUUCGCGUUAUCACGAGGUUGGACGAGACUUGCCGCGAAGUUCGCGAUGCGGCAAGAGUUAUUGGUGACGCAGAGUUAUUCAAGAAGAUGGAAGAUGCUCAAAUCAAAAUCAAGCGAGAUAUCGUGUUUGCUGCCAGCUUGUAUUUUUAG